AUGGUGGAGACAGCGGAGGAGGCCACGGAGCCCGCCGAGGCGGACAUCACGGGGCUGUGCCAGGACAUGUUCUCCAAAAUGGCCACGUACCUGACGGGUGAGCUCACAGCUACCGGUGAAGACUAUAAACUUCUGGAAAAUAUGAACAAACUGACUAGCUUGAAGUAUCUAGAAAUGAAAGAUAUUGCAGUAAACGUAAGUAGAAACCUAAAGGACUUAAACCAGAAAUAUGCAGCACUUCAGCCUUAUCUGGAUCAGAUCACUCUAAUUGAGGAGCAAGUAGCAGCUCUUGAGCAGGCAGCUUACAAAUUGGAUGCAUAUUCAAAGAAACUAGCAAAGUACAAGAAGUUAGAGAGGCGAUGA